AUGGAGGAACUACCUUCGGAAAUCACAGCAAGCAUACUUUCCAGCUUACCCAAGGUCUGUCGACCAGAACUCAGGGAAGUAUGCAAAACAUGGGGAAAUUUGUUACCUAAACGGAGGAUGUGUUUACUUUUCGGGGUUCCACACCGAGACGAAACUAACGAUAUCGUAGAAUUCUAUUAUUCAGAACAAAAUAAUAAUGAUAAGGUUAGCACUAAUGAUAAUAAACUUACAAAGUUACACCACAGUUUGAUCAUGCCUGCAGAAUCCGUCCGCAAACUCGUCAUGGUUGGUUCUUGUAACGGCUUAGUUUGUUACGCCGGUUACGCCAUCUCAAGAUUAGGUUACUUUUUAACGUUAAAACAAGUAUACAUAUGCAAUCCUGUCACUAGAGAGCAAAUUCCACUUCAGACUGAAGAAUGGGAUGGUGAUUUCUGGGCAGAACCGGGGAUUGGAUUCGAUUACAAUGAUUCAAGUGAAGAGUACAAGGUUGUUAGAAUCCUGUGCGACCAUCGUUGCCGGGGUGUUAGGGUUCAGGUGUAUACCUUCAACUUCAAGAAUGGUUCUGAAUGGAAAAGCAAAACUUGUAGAAGUAAUGUAGACAUUUCGUCCUACUUGGGUUUUUCACCAUCAGCUGGUGUUUUUGCAGGUGGAGCUCUUCACUGGAUAGAUCAGGAUAAUGUAAAACGUACAACUGUAUCUUUUGAUGUGGAACAUGAGACAUUUGAAUUGCUCCCAUCAGUACCUUCUGUUGCUGGUUAUGCUAAUGUUGGGCUCAUUGUAUUGGGAGGGAAUUUGUGUGUUCUAGAUAUAAUUCAAAGCAAACAUGUCACAGUAUGGGAGUUGAGGAAUAGGAAGCCCGUCAUAUGUACAGACAAGGAUUAUGUUUUCCCUUGGGUUAUGAAGUUUAGUAUAGCAUGGGAGGAAGACUGGAGCUGGUUUGAGUUUGCGGAAACGAAGAGCCAUAAAUUCUUUUCGUGGUACAAUGUUAUUAUAUCUUGUUAUGACCAUGAAACUAAAACGUUAAGAAAGCUAGAUGAGGCUUUGAAGAAACUCAUGGAUGCUAGUACGUUUUGGGUAUAUACCGCCACUCGAGCAGUUCCUUUCGUGAUUCCGUUUAUGGAGGAAAGAACUGGAAAGGAAAGCUCCCAACGAAAGAAAAGAAGAACAACAUUCUUCCUUUACGGAUAG